UUUCCAUCUCUCGCCCGUUGCCCGUGAUCUCUAUCAUACACGGUGGCUGGCAAUUUUUUAAAACAUUUUUAUGAUGGCGGAGGACAGUGAAUCCGCGGCCAGCCAGCAGAGCCUGGAGCUGGAUGACCAGGACACCUGCGGGAUAGACGGGGACAAUGAGGAGGAGAAUGAGCAUAUGCAGGGUAGUCCAGGGGGAGAUUUGGGGGCCAAGAGGAAGAAGAAGAAGCAGAAAAGGAAGAAGGAGAAGCCAAGCUCGGGGGGAGCCAAGUCGGACUCUGCCUCUGACUCUCAGGAGAUAAAGAAUCCUGGCUUGCCCAUUCAGAAGCUGCAGGACAUCCAAAGAGCCAUGGAGCUGCUGUCCUGCCAGGGUCCAGCAAAGAGCAUCGAUGAGGCAGCCAAGCACAAGUACCAGUUCUGGGACACCCAGCCCGUGCCGAAGCUAAAUGAGGUGGUGACGAGUCAUGGGCCGAUUGAAGCAGACAAAGAAAACAUUAGACAGGAGCCAUAUUCCUUACCUCAAGGUUUUAUGUGGGACACUCUGGAUCUCAGCAAUGCAGAUGUACUUAAGGAGUUGUACACAUUGUUAAAUGAAAACUACGUGGAGGACGACGACAACAUGUUCAGAUUCGAUUAUUCACCAAACUUUCUCAAAUGGGCUCUGCGUCCCCCCGGCUGGUUACCACAGUGGCAUUGUGGAGUGAGAGUGUCCUCAAAUAAGAAGCUUGUAGGCUUCAUCAGUGCCAUCCCUGCAGAUAUACGCAUCUAUGACACAGUGAAGAGGAUGGUUGAGAUCAACUUUCUGUGUGUCCAUAAGAAGCUGCGUUCAAAGCGCGUCGCCCCAGUGCUCAUCAGAGAGAUCACACGGAGGGUGAACAUAGAAGGAAUAUUUCAGGCAGUAUACACAGCAGGAGUGGUGCUGCCUAAGCCUGUGUCCACAUGCAGGUAUUGGCAUCGUUCUUUGAAUCCCAGAAAGCUUGUGGAAGUUAAAUUCUCCCACCUGAGCAGAAACAUGACCCUGCAAAGAACCAUGAAACUCUACAGAUUACCAGAUAGCACCAAGACCCCCGGGCUGCGGCCGAUGGAGAGGCGUGACAUCCGCCAAGUCACCGAGCUGCUACAGAAGUUCCUGAGACGUUUCCAGCUUGCACCCUCUAUGGGAGAAGAGGAGGUGGCACACUGGUUCCUGCCACAGGACAACAUCAUUGACACAUUUGUAGUAGAGGGUGCCGGUGGUGUCCUGACAGAUUUCACUAGUUUCUACACUCUGCCCUCGACAGUGAUGCAUCACCCUCUCCAUAGGAGCCUGAAGGCUGCUUACUCUUUUUACAACGUUCAUACACAAACCCCACUACUGGACUUAAUGAAUGAUGCACUGAUCCUGGCCAAGCUGAAAGGGUUUGAUGUCUUCAAUGCCUUGGAUCUAAUGGAGAAUAAGGUGUUCCUGGAGAAGCUCAAGUUUGGCAUAGGAGAUGGAAAUCUGCAGUAUUACCUCUACAAUUGGAAGUGUCCCCCUAUGGACCCCGAUAAGGUUGGCCUCGUCCUUCAGUAGCAGCUUCUUCACGGCUGCUACACAAACACUGAUGGAGGUCGUUAGCGACCUCUGGCUAUUCCUUACCUGGACAUACAGGUAGCCCAAGCUAGACAAUGAGAACUACAACAGUAAAACCAACCUGGAGACUGGGAGACGGUUCAAGAACAUUCUCAGUUCACCUGGAGGUGAAAACUCUUAAAUCAUCAACAUCCUGAAUGUGAAGUCAUGCUAUGCCUGAGAUACUCAUACAGUACAACGCUCCUGACAUGCACACUCACAUUUAAAACAUACAAGAGGAUGCCUUGACAUUGUGAAUUUUGUUUAGUUCUUCUUCCUCAGCAGACACCUUGUUACAAGGGACUGGCAUGUCAUUGAAUUUCAUUGAAAUAUGUAAAUGAUAAUCAACAAGUAAACAAAACCACAAUACGAAAUGAAAAGUUCAUGUGUCCCCGCUGCAGCUGCAGUAUAAGAGGGUGUUAAAGGCAUUUAAAGAGUUGUUAUUCUCAUAUCAUUGUGGUCAGAAGUUUCUCUGCUGGCUGUUUUGGGCCUCAGUAGAAUUAGAAAUCAACAAACUUGUUUCUGUGAUAGCUGACUUAUAAAAGAAAAAAACUUUUUCCCUCAAGCAUUUAGAAGAAAAAUAUCAUCUUCACACACUCAGAAACACAAACCCUGUCAAAUAACACACAUAAACACACAAAGGAUAUCUUCGUGGAAAGACUCAUCCAACUGGUGCAUUGAUAUACAUGUUUUUUUGUUAAAAAUAUAUAGUUACCUGUACAUUUAAAGCCAGAUCAUAUUUAUUCCUGUAGUGUGAGUUUGGGGUUCGGGAGGGCUGAUCCAAAGUAUUUUCCUCAUACGUAGUGUAGAUGUCACUGAGUUUGUUCGGACAAGUUUAAAAUGGUUUUUGAUGAAGAAUGUAUUGCAUCAAUGAAGCACAAUUUUUGAGUUCCUAAACUAACAAAGGGGUCCUUUUUUUUUUUGUUUUUUUUGUUUUUUGUUUUAAAGGGUCACAUUUCAACAUGGACCGGUUGCGGUACAAACUGUACACCCUUGGUUUUUACAAAGGAUGUGAGCUGUUUUCAUGUUAUGAACGUGUUUCUGGAGUAGAUUUUUAAUAGAACCUAUAAACCACAUUUUGUUGGUGGUUUUAUUUACUGCUGUGUCAUCAGUCAGCAAGGCUGUUAAAUAAGGCAAGAGUUACAGUAGCUGAAAGAACAAGGAUGAUAUGCUGAGUGCACAAGCAGGGCAGACUCACAGCAUCAAAGGCUGGAAUAUGAUCACAAAUGCCAAUUAAACUGUAACCAGGGUAGAUUUUAUUUAGAUUUUGUACAAAAUUUAUUUGUAAAAAGUUAGGAUUUCUGCCCUGAGUGGCAACCGGCAAGUGCUGAAAAAAAAUCUAGUGAGCUGAUUAAAAUUAUUUUCUCUCCUGUAUUCAUGUGGAAUACAAGUUUUGCCAGGGUAAUCUUUAUAAGUUCCUUAUUUUUUUAUUUGUAAUAAACAUACAAACAUGUAAUACAAUUACAACAACAAACACUUACAGUUACAUACUUAGAGUAACAGUUGAGAUAAACAUUGCCCUGUUUAUGUGAGUUAAUGACAUAAUUGUCUUAAAAAUUGUCAUGGGAAAACAAUAUCUGCUUCUUUGUAUUUUUACUUUGAAGGGGCUGUACACUACAUUCAUAGGGCAAACAGCAUAUAUUGUUUUUCUUAAUUUUCAAGACAAAAAAAGAAAGAAAUUGGCUUGCAAAAGUUUUUUUUCUCCCAUCUAGUAUAAACACAGGAGAGAAAACAAUUUAGGUGAGACUUAGGCUUUCACAGUCUAGAGACGGUUUUAUAGCAUAAAAUGGCUUACAUACUUUUAAAGAGUCUCAGUGAAAUCUUGUUUAAAGCAGCCAAGGUCAGUUCUCUUUUUUUAAUUUAGCCAUUAUCACUUACAGAUGAACUAUGACUUCUCUCGCUGAAAUUGUUACAUACAUAAGGAUCAGUUACCGCGACUGCACUCUGCACUGUUAAAAGAAAUUAAACCCUCAGUUAAAUAAAAAAAGAGAACUGAGCACAUUCAAAGUGUCUGGGGGAAUAAUCAAACCGCAUGUAUUCAGAGCACAGCGGCUGAAUAAAGCCUGUAUCCGUAACCGCAUCUAUUUGAAAUUUGAGCUUUUCCUGUUUCUCCAGGUCCAUUUUUAUUGACUUCUCUGGAUUUUUUUUAAUGGUACUGUAUUUGUGUGUCUGAAAAAUAUACUGUGGGUCAUUUUUUAGUGUGUCGUGCAGCUAAAUGAAAUUCUUUGAACAGUUCUGAUAUUUAUAAUUGUACUUUGCAAAAUGUCUGAAGACAUGAUUCCUGUUCCUUUUUCUUUCCAGUAUUUCCCCAAAUUUUCCAGAUCAAAAGGCAACUUUAAAAACAGUUUUUUGAGGGUUUGGAGUAUUUGGCAUUUCCGUGUGCUCGACUGAGCGAUGAUCUCUGAUGAAAAACUGUUUGAAUGGACCACUUAUUGUGUGGUGGAGCUGCUGCUGCACUCAAAGGUUAAAAAUGUCUUUAACUUGUCUUCUUGCUGAGUUUGUUACUUUGUGUUGGAUGCUUCUGUUCAUGUGGCUCUGCAUAACAUAAGAGGUAAAGGCUGCUGCCAUUUUUGUCGUUACUUUUUCUGUAUGUGAUGUAAUUUCCUUCUCAUCCCUUUAUAUAUAUCGACGAGAAAAGGACAACCAAUGGACGGUCAGUGCUUCAGGGCUCAAAUAUUUCUUUUUUUUAAAACAUUGUAAGGUUAAAUGAGUUACAAAGACGGAUGUUACCGGCAUUAUUUUAACAUUGAGACUGGGUCAUUGAGUCGACGGCGUGCCUCAUGGAUGUCGGUUGUGUCACAGAUGUGUUGCCUGCAGCUGUUUGAAUGAGCAUGUCAGUUUUGCUGCUGUGAUUUUUAGCGUUGAUGUAACUAGCCACACCCUUUAGUGAGAACUCAACCCGAAGUACCUGCCUUAUUUAAAAGAUUUGUUUUUUUAAUUUUAAUUCAGAUUUUGGGGUGGGGGGUGUACUUUUGAAACAACAUACAGCUUUCUCUAACUGAAGAACAAUAUUUUUAUUCAAAUCCAUUGUAAGCUGUGAAAAAGCUGAAGAACUUGUACCAGCAUCAUUCAGACAUGACCCCCAUGCAAAUAACAAUCUGUUUCAACACACACAUCGGCUAUACCAGCAUGGAUAUUUGAUUGAAUAAACUCACUUUAAAAAGG